GUCUCCGGGCGCCUCCCCCGGUGUCUAAUGUCAGCACUGAGCCCAGCAGUUUACAUGUACACCCUAACCAGGGGGCUAAGGAAGGAGCAAAGAGUUCUCUACUCCAACUAGGGAGCAGCAUUGUACGACGGGGACUGCCAGAGGGACACUGGGUGACCCAGCUCACAAGCCCAGGGAUCUCCCUACUAUUGAGGUGGGUCUGGGGAACUAGUGUUUUCCCUACAAAGAAGAACAUAUAGGAACAAGAAUGAAGGUGGAAUUUGCGCCUCUGAAUAUCCCUCUGGCUCGGAGGCUGCAGACUGCUGCUGUGUCUCAGUGGGUUUUCUCCUUUCUGUUAUUGGCACAAUGCUGUGUGGGAAUAUUUUUCGUGUUGGUCCUUGCCAGAUUCUGGCUUGUGAUUGCUCUCUAUGUUCUCUGGCUGUACCUUGACUGGGAGACGCCUCAGACUGGAGGCCGCAGGUGCGAAUGGGUACGGAAUUGGACAGUGUGGAAGCAUUUCAAGGAUUAUUUCCCAAUCAAGCUCAUCAAGACUGCUGAUUUAGAUCCUCAACACAAUUACCUGAUGGGGUUCCACCCUCAUGGUGUUCUUGUUGCUGGGGCUUUUGGAAAUUUUUGCACUAACUACUCAAUGUUUAAGGAGCUUUUUCCAGGCUUGACUCCUUUCCUGCAUAUUCUCCCGUUCUGGUUCCGCUGCCCCUUCUUUCGAGAGUACGCCAUGUCUGUGGGUCUGGUGUCUGCUUCCAAGAAAGGUGUGACGCAUGUGCUGAGCCGAGCGGAGGGUGGAAAUGCUGCAAUUAUAGUGAUUGGGGGCGCUGAGGAGUCACUGGACGCUCACCCAGGAAAUCUCAUUCUCCAUAUCCUUAAGAGGAAAGGAUUCAUCAAAGUGGCAUUGAAGCGCGGUGCCCAUUUGGUGCCAGUGUUCUCCUUUGGUGAAAAUGAGCUAUUCCUUCAAGUGCCUAACCCAAAAGGUUCACUGCUGCGUUCCUGCCAAGAGAGGCUACAGAAAGUAAUGGGCUUUGCAAUACCCCUCUUUCAUGCGCGUGGAAUCUUCCAGUACAGCUUUGGACUGAUGCCUUUCAGGAGGCCCAUCAAUACUGUGGUUGGCAAACCCAUACCAGUAGUGCAAACCUCAAACCCCACACAAGAAGAAAUUGAAGAGCUCCAUCAGAAGUACCUAAAUGCUCUCCAGGAGCUAUUUGAAGAGAACAAGGAAAAGUAUGGCAUCCCAGAGCACAAAUCCCUUGUCUUUACGUGAUGUCCACACACACAGGGCACCUUGUAGGCAUCAAACCACAGCCUCUACCUGUGUGACGCCUCCUUUCCUUAUCACCAGACACUCCGUCUACCAUAUCUGUGUGACACCUUAUCACCAGACACUCCGUCUGCCAUAUAUGCACGUUAUGUUCAGCAAUGGAAAGUUUUUAUGGGAGAUGUAUCAAACCUUCAAAAGAUGACAAGUGAAGUUACUCAUAGCAACCAGUUGACUUCUAGCUAUCAUUUAUCAAGUACAUUCUAUAAAAUUGUAGCUAGAAGCGGAUUGUUUUCUAUGUGCAACUUCUCCACUCAUCUUCUUUAGAAGAUUUGAUACAAGUCCCCCUUUGUACUUUAAUUGCUAACAUUCUAGAGGGGAGGGUGUGAGCAUGAGGACCAAUCGGAAGUAUCACACACAUUUCAACGUGUUUUUGAUCCUCCCACUCGCUCCCUCUUUGGGCUGUUUUAAAAGUAACAUAAUAACAUUCAUCACCACUGUAGGUAGUAUUACAGAUUUUAAAUAGUCAUAAUGUACACCUAAAGUCUCAGGGGGCCUAGAAGAAGCAUCUUUUCUCAUGCUGAUCAAACUUUCUGUCUGUAAAGAGAACCUACUAGAGUCUGAAAUGGCAGCUAACCAUUUUUUUGUACAUAUCUUCAUUGCUGUCACAGUUACAUAUUUUUGUGUAUAUAACUGGCAUUUCAGGUUGGAUCAGUUGUAUGUCAUAAGCAAUAUGGAUAUUUGCACAGAGAAAAACACGUUGGAAGCAAGUUACGUAAGCCUGUUCACGGUUUCUAGAGCAGCAGGGACUGUCACGAACCAUAUUCUCCACGCUGAGAUGGGCUUUCUCACAGUCUUACAGUGUAUCAGUGUUAUAAAGUACUGUGCACCCCUAUAAUGCAGCAAGAACAGCUACCAAUCUGUAAGUGAAGCGUUUCCAUGGGAGUAGUUCUCCUCUUAACACUUGUGCAUUCUGUAAUGACAAAGGAAUGCUCUGUUUGGAAAGCCUGGAAUCCCUAUAGAGAAAUGUUUUACUGUACUCUAGAAAACCACUCCCUAACUAUGUGUAACAUGACACAUCCAUUACAUCUGUCACAUCAAAGUGAAACAAAUGAUGUUUAAGACAACCAUGCAGCCUAUUUGUACAGCUACAGUGUUUUGUAGUGUGUCUGUUCAGAGUUACAUAUUGUUAAAAAGUAUAGACACACAAUAAAUAUGCAUUUCUGAUGUUCCAUAAA